UGAAACACACGAUCGUCCACCAUUAUCAUCUCGAUUAGCUACAACAGAUCGACCAGAAUCAAAUGUAUCAUUUAGUUUAAGUUGUACAAGAACAUCUAUUCAAAUAGCUCAACAAAAUAAACCAGAUGAAAUUGAUGGUAAUAAAACACAUCGAAAUGAUUAUUCAUCUAUAAAUACACAUGAACAAUCAACAGUAUUUGGUGGUGAAACAAUUGAACGUCUUCGAAAAAUGCUUUUUACAAAAACUGAAUUACAACCAACAGCUAUUAUAGAAAAUAAAACUAUUCAAAAAACAUUACCAUUUAAAUUUGAAAAUAAAUUAUUACCAUUUCAAUUAGGAAAAUAUGAAAAUUUGAGUCGAUUGUCAUCUGUUGAUCUUCAAGAACAUGCAAGUAUGAUAAAAAAAGAAUUGUCAAAUACGACAGCUGGAUCACCAACAAAUGCAAAUGGUAUGCGUCUUAAACCACAUCUAUUGAAUUAUAUUGGAUAUACAUGUCUUGAACAAGCGAAUUCUGGUCCAUUUGCUGAUGCACUUAUUGCAAAAGAAAUUCAUAAAGAUCUUUUGAAUAUAAUUACAAAUGGUACUACAAUGGAAUUGUAA